AUGCUGGUGUUGUUGCAGGUACUGUCGUGCAUGUUUGCAGCGGCCGCGGCCGGAUUGCUCCAGGGCUACACUCUACCGGUGCCCCAUGGUCACUCAUCUGCUGGUCUCGGAACAUUUGGAGGCGGUGCAGGAUCCUUUGGAGGUGGUGCAGGAUCCUUUGGAGGAGGUGGAGGAUUUGGAAGCGGUGUAGGAUCAUUUGGUGGUUCACAGUUCUCUGGUCAUUCUAGCUCUGUGGUCAGCUGUGGCCAAGGACAGGUCCGGCAUGUGGACGGCAGCUGUGUAACUCCUCAGGUCACCCGAAACCUGUUCCUGUACAAAGUCCCUUCAGCAACCCCGAUCAUUGGUCCAAGACCAAACGUUCCUCCGCCAAGGGUUGAGGACAACAUUUUAUUCAUCCAAUACCCAGAGGAACUUCUGAGCCAAGAACCGAUUGUGGUUCCUCCUCCACAACAGAGGAACGUGGUGUACGUCCUCAACAAGCGGCCUCAUCAUGACCAUAAGGUUAUUCACGCACCAGGACCUGAACAGCCAGCUCCCGAGGUGUACUUCGUCAACUAUGCUGAGGGCGAGAACCCGUCUUUACCCAGCGGUGGGGACCUCCAGUCGGCCCUCAACACCGCCUCUGAGGGCGGCGGUGAGCUCAUCGGCAGCAGUGGUAUUGACGGUAUUAGUGGUACUGGAGGCAUCACCAGCAGCAUUGGUGGUGUCGGUGGCAGCGUCGGUGGAGAUAUAAGUGUCCCAUCUGGUGUGUAUGGUUUGCCGUAAGGAGACACGUCUUCAAACAUGUGUCAACCGUCGGACCUGGUACUGCUUCACUAAGGCGAUAGCAGUUCUUUGUUUCGCUUGGGUUACAUAUCAUGGUGUUAACGCGUUCAUAUUUAUUCUUUGUUGUAAAGGAAGUUACUUGUAAUAUUAUUUUCCAUUUAAGAUUACCCAAAACCCAUGUAUUUAAAUCUGACUAAAACAAUAAACUAUGGAAGUAUUAA